AUGCCUCUCAUUGCACAAAACCCAUUGCCCCGGGUGAUCCUCGGGCUUAUGACCUUUGGUCCUAACCCGGAUAAAGGUGCUCGUAUCACCUCUCUGGACGAAUUCAAGAAAUCCUUGGACUACUUCCAGCAACAAGGAUUCACUGAGAUCGACACUGCCCGCAUCUAUGUCGGCGGAGAACAAGAAGCUUUCACAGCUCAGGCUGGCUGGAAAGAGCGUGGCCUGACCAUUGCGACGAAAUGGUAUCCCAAUUCCCCCGGCUUCCACAAGCCUGCCGUCCUGCGUGAGAACUUCGAGAAGUCCCUGAAGGAGUUGAACACCGAUCAGGUUGACAUCUUUUACUUGCAUGCGCCGGAUCGUUCGGUUCCUUUCACGGAGACUCUGGAGGAGGUCAACAAGCUGCACAAGGAGGGCAAGUUCGUCAACUUGGGUCUGAGCAACUUCACAGCUUUUGAGGUAGCCGAGAUUGUUACUACCUGUGCCGCGAGAGGCUGGGUUCGCCCAACCAUUUUCCAAGCCAUGUACAAUGCCAUCACUCGCAACAUCGAGGUCGAAUUGGUCCAUGCUUGCCGUCGCUACGGCCUCGAUAUUGUUAUAUAUAACCCACUUGCUGGUGGCCUUCUCUCUGGAAAGUACAAGACUAUCGAUGUCCCCGCAGAAGGACGCUUCGGAGAAAACACCUCCACGGGAGCCAACUACCGCAAACGCUACUUUAAGGACUCGAACUUCGAGGCCCUCAGCAUCAUCGAGCCCGUUGUUGAGAAGCACGGAUUGACACUAAUUGAGACUGCCCUUCGAUGGGUGCACCACCACUCGGCUCUGAAAAUGGGCAACGGUGGCCGCGACGGCAUUCUCAUUGGCGUGAGCAGUUUUUCUCAGCUGGAGACUAAUCUUGCGGAUGUUCAGAAGGGGCCUCUCCCGCAGGAGGUUGUUGAUGCUCUUGAUAAGGCCUGGCUCGUUGCGAAGCCAUACUCCCCACCGUACUGGCAUCUGGACCUGAAGUACACAUAUAACACCCAAGAGGCCCUAUUUAAGCCCAAGCCUUAA